AUGGCUGGCCGUGCGCUGUUGGUGUGUGCCCUCUGCGCGCUGUGCUGCGCCGCCGGCGGGGGCUGGGCGUGGGACCACCUGUGCGAUGAAGAUGGAAGGAGGUUGUUGAAUAAAACUGCGAAAGAGGUGAGUCCGUACUGCGCUAGUCUUGGGGCCCCUAAGGAAGGUACGAAAAAGACAACGCUGCAAAACGAACAAAGUUCCCCUCCGCAGAUGGAGAAUGGAGUUGUCGUGGGAGGCCAGGGAGAGGCGGCGGGCCGUACCGACGGUGCGUUGCUGCCGUCGCCGGGCCCUGGCGGCGGUGGAGGUGCCACCGGCCCCGAGGAAAAGGGCCCGCAGGCGCCAACGGCGGGCAGCAGCGGGCAUUCGGCGGCGGUUCCAGCAACACCUGGCGCCUCAGAGGCGCAGGGAGACCAUUUAACGUCAGUUGACGUCAGUGAAGGAACCAGCGCAGGGGCGGACGGGGAGCUGAAGAAAGUGGCAGGCACCGCAGAUCUCAGCCAGCAGCAACGUGAGGGAGAGACGCAGAGUGGCCCGGGGGCAACACAAACAACACCAGGCGCAGCGGCUUCAUUGACGGACUCGAAGAACGAUCUCUCACAGUCUCAGGCGCAGGAGUACCGUGGUGAGCAGGGUGCCAGCACGCAACUUAGCGGCAGAGAAGCAGCAACUCUACCGGAUGUCACAAGUAAUGCAGCAGAUGGAGAAGGGCGGGAAACAACGCAACUCUCUCCACCGGCAAGCCGCGAAGGUGCGGGCGGCCAGGGUGGAAAACCCACUGAGCAGGAAACCAAAGACGCCACGGAUUCCGAUGCUGCAUGGAAUCCAGACGGGCAACGGGAGGUUGCUGCCGCAAGUGCAGCGGCGGGUACUGCAAAUGAACCGACGCCAGCAGUAGAGUCCACCGCCACUGAUGCAAGGAACAACGCGACUACGACUGGCGGUGACAGCGGCAGCAGCCCCGCAGCGCAGCCGCAGCCGGAGAGUUCCGUGGCGGCAACCGAGGCUGGCCAGCCAGAACAAAAGGAGCAGUCCGCAGUGCCUGCUUCCCAAGAGGAAACAGAAACGAGUGGUGAGAGAGGAGAAGCCACUCAGCCGGCAGCGGGGACGGCUGCUCAAGCGGUGGCCACCACCAACGUGACGAGUGCAGCGAAGGCGGCGCCCGGCGACAGCGACGGCAGCAGCACCGCGGCCUCGCACUCCGCCUCCCUUCUUGCGCUGUUUCUUCUGCUUGCGUGUGCGGCUGCCGCUGCGAUGCUGGCCGCGUGA